AUGGACGCCGGUAUUCCCAAGGUGCGUGCAGGGAGGGGCUCGGACGAUUUCCUGCUAUGCUGCGGACACAAGGCCUUUGACACAGUCGACGUUAGUGGCUUAAACAGCGGGCUGCUCAGCACGGGCCACUUCUACCUCUUCCACCACAUCGUGCGCCGCGACAUGCGCCGCCAGAUGCUGGGACUCGGAGAGGCAGGUGGAGUGGGAGGGGGAGGAGUGGCAGGGGGAAUUGGAGGGGCAGCGGCAGGGGAAGGCGAGGCAGGAGGAGCGGGAAGGGGGGCGGGGGAGGAGGCGUGGUGGAGGGAGCAUGCGGAGUGGAAUCAGCACAAGUAUGUGCGCCUCACUGCUUCCCGGCCACCUGCUGCGAAACUGUCCGGAGGAGGACCUUUGGAACCUUCAGCUCCAGCUAAUUCUAAAAAACCGUUUGACUCAUCACCACUCACAUGGGCAUGCCCAUGA